AUGGCGAGGAGGCGAAAACUUAUGCAGAAGCUAGUUAAGCAAGAUGCUAUGCAGGAGCUCCCUUCAUCCAAAGAUGAAGCAUUAGUUCAGAAUCUGACUGGUGAGAAUGUUGAGAAUAUAGGCCAUGAGCAGUUAGUUACUGGUAUCCUUGCAAUGGAGGUCGACUCUUCGGUUCUAGAUCUUCCUACGGUGGAUCAGUCUUCUCCAGCUACAGUGGAUAUGGAGAUUUCUGAAGCUCUUCCCCGGUUUAUUAGUUACCUCAAUGAGAAAGGUCAAGUUAUGGAGCAACUAGUAGAGUAUGAAUGGUUACCUACAAAGUGCUCACACUGCAAAAAGCUGGGACACACGAUUGCUACCUGCAAGUUUGAUUAUGAAGCAGUUUGGAGGAAGAAGGAUACUAAGAAAGCACCUGCAUCUGAUCUUGUUGAGUCUAUAGAGAAUGCUACUACCCAAGCUGCUGCUCUGGUAAAUUCAGCUCAACCUAAACCGCAGCAGAUAGGAGGGUCUCAAUUUGAGGAGAGCCCAAAAGAUCAAGUGUGGUCUUAUCCGAAAAAAUCUGGGGCCCUGAAAUCAGCAAACCGAAUUCCAUUUCAGAAAACCAGGAACUCUUUUAGUGUUCUUCAAGAACAACAGAAGUUGGAGGCUAGGCGAUCUCUUUGGUACGAGUUGGCUCAUUUGACUUUCCCAGUUAAACCUUGGGUCAUCUUAGGUGAUUUUAAUGCAGUCUUUGAUCCUAAUGACAGAAUGGGUGGGAGGACUAUUUCGGAAGAGGGAAAUCAUAUCUAUUCUAAGUUGGAUAGGGUGUUCUCUAAUGAGGACUGGUUGGAUUCCUUUCCUAAUGUAACUGCUGUUUCGCACUGGGAGGUGGCAUCAGAUCACUGUGCUACUCUUCCGAAGCAAAUAGCAGUUAAAAAGGAGGGAGUUCAACCUUUUUGUUUUUACAAUAUGUGGACUUCUCAUCCUCAAUUCAGGACAACAGUUUUGGCCAACUGGUAUAAGCCUUUAAAAGUUGAGGGAUAUGGCUUGGAGCAGGCAAAAACUAACCUUUAUUCAGACCCGAAUAACAGAUGCUUGUGUACUAAAGAAAGAACAACAUUUCUGGAGUUUAAGAGGCAGAAGAAACUUUAUGCCAGUUUUAUCCCUCAAAAGAGUAAGAUUGAUUGGCUCCGUUUUGGAGAUAAAAAUUCCUCGUUUUUUCAUGCAAGUUUGAAGAAAAGAAAAAUUGCCAACAGGAUUGUGACUUUUCUUUCUGAUGGAGGCCGAGUUGAAGAUAACUAUCAAAAGGUGGUCAAUCAUUUUUUACAGCAUUUUAAGAAUUUACUAGGUAGUUCAAGUAAAGCUUAUAUUGACCCUGUCACUACAGCUUUGGGCCCGGUUAUGAAUUUUGAUGACCAGCUAGAGUUGAUCAAACCUUUUUCUUAUCAAGAUGUCAAAUCUGUUAUGUUCAGUAUUAAUUCUAUAAGAAGCCCUAGCCCUGAUGGUUUUGGAGCUGGCUUUUUCAAAGCUUUAUGGAAAGAUAUAGGCAAGGAGGUGUCCAUGGCAGUGCUAGAUUUUUUUGAAACCGGGUAUAUUCCUAAAUUUCUGAAUAAUACUAUCUCAGCUCUCAUACCUAAGGUUGAUAAUCCAGUUAAUGUUGCUAACUAUAGGCCUAUUGCUUGCUCCAUGACUAUUUACAAAUGCAUCUCUAAAAUGCUCUGUAAUAGACUUGCUUUUGUUCUGCCAUCUCUGAUCAAUCAAAAUCAGGGGGCAUUUAUAAAGCAUAAACCACUUGCUCAUAAUGUUCUCAUUCUCCAAGACCUAAUUAAGGGUUACAAUAGGAAACAUUAUUCUCCUCACUGCUUGAUGAAGAUUUACAUAAGUAAAGCUUAUGAUUCCAUAGAUUGGGAAUUCUUGGAGAAUCUGUUGAAAGCUCUUAGAUUUACUGGUCGUUUUAUCAGAAGGAUCAUGGUCUGUUUAAGAGGCACUUCCUACUGUUUAUUGAUGAAUGGUCAGAUUCAAGGUUGUUUUCAGGGUGGUAAAGGGCUUCAUCAAGGUAAUCCUAUAUCCCCAAUGCUCUUUGUAAUAGUGAUGGAAUACCUUACCCGUCUAUUACUUAAAGCUUCCAAGGAAAAAGACUUCAGAUUCCAUCCUUUAUGCAAAUCUUUAAAUAUUAUUAGUCUUUGCUUUGCUGAUGAUUUACUUCUGGUUUGCAAAGCUAAUGAAAAUUUUGUACAGAUUAUUCAAAGAACAUUUGAAGUCUUCUCAUCUUCAUCAGGUCUGGUUUUCAGUGCCCAAGCACAGGUUCAUAUUGUGGCAAGCAGUAAUCCAGAAAUUGCUCACAAGGGACCUGCUCCAUUCUUGUCAUCUGUCUAUUCCUUGUUUGGCUUGUCCAGUUUGUGCUAA